AUGUAGAAACAAAAAUACAAAGUUUCAAAAAGUUCCAAACAUCUUUAUCAAAUUUGGUAAACACAGAAUAAAAUUUUCUGCAAUGGUAAAUUACUUACAGUGUAUUUUCAACUUACUAAUCACCUAUAGAUCUGAAAAUCAUAAAUUAUUAGCUAGUGUUAGUUUUAUAACAAUUCCUUCAUUUCUAUUUUAUAUAUUUAUGUCUCCUGUAAAUAAUAUUAAAAUAUUAGGAAUUUGCAAAAAGUGGAUAAAAUGGUUAUACAAUUGUAUUUGUGUUGAUCUAAAUAACAAUAUAUGUUUUUCUUUGGUUUGCAGUUUGUUUGGAUCCUGGAAUCAUACCAAAUAUAGUAAUAGUUUUAGUAAUAAAAGAGACCAGAAUAUGAAAUGAAUGAGGAACUUUUGGAUGUGCCAUAGAAAUAUUCAAAAAUAGAUUACAGAUUUAUAAUGGAUUUAAAAAUGUUUAUAAUAAAAGCUCAUUAAUUUAAAUUAAAGUAUUGUUCAACUUGUAUGUGAUUAAUAUUUAAUUAGGUGCUAUCUAUCGACCUGUUCGAGCCUCUCAUUGUCCAUCUUGUGAUAAUUGUGUUGUUAGAUUUGAUCAUCAUUGUUCUUGGAUUGGAUAAUGUAUAGGAAGAAGGAACUACAUUUAUUUUUAUUUUUUUCUCAUGUCAGUAUCCUUUAAACUAAUUUUUGUGUUUGGAGUAUGCUUGUCUUAUAUUGUUGAUGAAUCUAAAAAAAGAUCAGUAAGUAUGGAAACAUCAGAUGCUAUCUCAGAAACCUUAGCUAACAAUCCUAUAAGUAUAAUACUUGUAAUUUAUUCGUUUGGAGUAUUACUUAAAUUUUAUUUUUAUAGUUUUCUUGUUUUGUUAUAGGUUUAUGGGGAUUUCAUACAUAUUUGGUUCUCACUAAUAUGACAACAAAUGAAUAUUUGAAGAAACAUUGGAUAGUACAAAGUAAUAAUCCAUUUAAAAGGUACUUUAUAAAUUUAUUAUUAGAUAAAAUAUUUAAAAAAACAUUUUUAAUGUACUUACUUUUAUAACUUAACUGAAAUUUUUCGAAUUAAAGCAAUAUGUCUAUAAGCCUAAAGAAUAUAUACAAGUAAAUUAUAAAUCCUUAUUUUUAAAAGAGUCCUAUCCAUAUAUAAAAUCACUUAAAUGAAGUAAAUGAUUCUUAAAAAUAUAGAGAAGAAGAUAAAAUUUAAGUUGAAUAUAGAGGAAAUCAAAUGCAAUAAUAAGAUAUAUAAAUUAUUACAGAAAUAAAACCUUGA